GAACACCUGUAAAUGAAAUAUGGACGAGGUAUGUUGCAGGGAAUGCCAGCACCAUUUUCACAGACACAGUAUUUGUGGGGGUAGGUGUGGUGGAGAAUGGAAUGCGCAUAAGAGAUAUCCCAAUUACAUAUCUGGAUAUACUGGAAACAUUCCUAUCAAUCUGUGCUGGAAAGGUGAUGAACACCCCUGCGAGACAAGAAAUUUUAUUUCCCAAAAUGUAGCACCCGUAAAUACGUUUUACGUGGUGCAUUCAUCCCAAUAUUUGCCUGAUGGUUCUCUAGAGUUACCUAAAGUGCACUCACAAAUACCUGAAUCAAUGUUGCACACCAUUGCCAAAUAUUCUAACCAUCCUCACAUUGUAAGCGAAUGUAAGCCAUGCAACCAUGGUUUUUCAGGAAUGCCAGAUUGUAAAGGUGAAAGCCGAGCUUUUGGUAACAAUGCGACAUGCGGAUGUGGUAGAAAUUUUGUCGACUAUCGAGUGACUCCUCCAGGUUCUAGCUACUACAAUUUAAAAUGCGGAAAAAUGGUAUAAUAUAAAAGAAAUGUUCACUAUCAGACUUCAGACAACCAACUAUGGCUGAUUUUGUAGUUUAAUAUUUCAAUAACGCGUUGCUCUGCAAUA